AUGGUGAGUAAACCGGCCGAGUUCACUACCCAAGAGGAAGCUGCCGCCAAGAAGGCCUCCAGGUCCUUCAAGAAGUACCAGUACAGGGGUGUCGAGCUCGACAACCUCCUCGACCUUUCCAACGAGGACUUCAUUGAGCUUGUUCACGCUCGUGCCCGCAGAAGGUUCCAGCGAGGUCUCAAGCGACGACCUCUCGGUCUCAUCAAGAAGCUCCGAAAGGCCAAGACUGAGGCCGGCCCCAACGAGAAGCCCGCCAUGGUCAAGACCCACCUCCGAGACAUGAUCAUCGUCCCCGAGAUGAUUGGUUCCGUCGUCGGUGUCUACAACGGUAAGACCUUCACCACCGUCGAGGUCAAGCCCGAGAUGACUGGUCACUACCUUGGUGAAUUCUCCAUCACCUACAAGCCUGUCGGUCACUCUCGAGGUGCCAACAUGAAGGACAGCCGAUUCGUUCCCCUCAAGUAA